AUGUUCGGCAAUUUUCAGAGUUCAACUCGAAGCGAUUGUGCAGACAGUGUUCGUUCGGUGUCCGACUCACAAGCCUCUCCCCUACAACCGAAUUCACCGAUCCGUAAUACCACCUCGACUACCAAUAGUGAUUUUGUUAAUUGUCUGAGCAGCAACGGCACCUUCUGGAACUCACCACCAUCACUAGACGAGAUGAUUCCGGACUAUUCGGCCCACUCAAUGAAACUAUCGCCUUCUCCGGCGGCGUGCUGUAUUCUUCCAAAUUCUCAUCCUCAAAGCACAACCACACCAAAUCCUUAUCAAUCACCUAAUGUUUCAUUCACACAACAACAGCAGCAGCAGUCCUCAUGCAAUGACACAUACAACAACGAUGAUCAUGAAUACAACUUAAUUCAGGAAUUACUGAAACUGAAUAUCGAAGGACCGUCGUUCCUUGCUUCUGAACCGUCACCGAUCGCUUCAUCACAAACUACGCUGAAUCCACAACCGAAAAUCACUCAAAAAAUUGAAUAUAACAUCAAUAAUAGCAGUAAUAUGAAUAUUAAUGAUAGCAACAAUCAUAAUAGUAAUAAUAUUAAUAAUGCCAUGCAAAAUAGUGUGAGCAAUGCAAUUCAAGGAAACUAUCAAAAAACCUUCAGUAAUAUCGCUAGUAAUAUGAACAAUGAUAUAAUGUGUAUCACUGAUCCGAACAGCAAUAAAUAUGAUCAUAGCAACAGUUUCAAUUCGAUUUGCGAUAAUGUCUGGAGAGCAGCCUUCGAUUCAUCUGGUGCAGCAGCAGCAGCAGUAGCAUUGCUUCUUCUAUCGUUAUCGCCGUGCUGA